GUCCUUUCCUUUUAAAAUAUAAUUUCAAAUUUCAAAUUAUUUGUAAUUUUAGAGUCAUCUGGGACGCUCGACGGCUAUUGUAGUUGCAGGGCUUGGAGCCGGAGGAAUUGCGUCAUGCCCUCACGCAACGAGUCACCACCUCCCCAACGCUGAUGCUUUGGCCUAAUAUUUUGUUGUAACAAACGAUAGAGUAGAGCAUUGCAGUCCAUCUGGAAUCGACAAAUAUACGACGGUACGCUCGGUAUUCUGUUCCUCGAUUGCCAUGGAGAGCUCGGGCAAAGAUGAGGCACCUGUAUUACUUGACCGGACUUCACGAGUCACCAGAGGGAAAAGGAUGACAAAGCUGCUUGAUGACGAAAUUGAAGAGGAUGAGUUGUUCUGGAAUCAGGAUGCUCUUAAAGAGGAAGAAAAUGAUGAUAACUAUGAAGAGGAGCCAGAAAUUGCUGAUGAAUUUGAUAGCGAUUUUGAUGAGGAUGAACCUGAGCCUGAUGAAGAAGGUGAAAAUGAUGAUGUUGAAAGGGUGCCAAAAAAGAAGCGAUUAAUAUUUCCAGGGAAGAGAUUGCCUAAGAAGAAAAAGAAGAAAAUCCUGUCUAAAUUGGAAAAUGCUACUGAGGAUGAUAAAGCAGCUGAACAGUCUACAGCAGAGGAGCAUCAUGACAUACCGGAUGAUGCAGGGGAGAGAAUGAUAAGGAAGUCCACUAGAACUUCAGUAAUAGUUAGGCAAGCUGAGAGAGAUGCAAUACGUGCAGCCCUUCAAGCAACAAUGAAGCCAAUCAAAAGGAAAAAAGAAGGUGAAGAGAAGAAAAUGACACAAGAGGAAAUGCUUUUGGAAGCUGCUCAAACAGAGAUCAUGAACAUACGAAAUUUGGAGCGUGUUUUAGCUAGAGAGGAAGAAGUUAAGAGGAGGGCAAUUGUUCAUAAGGCUGUCUACAAUGGCCCACAGUGUCGAUACAUAUCAAAAGAUGGCUUUUCAUAUUUAGAGUUCAGCAAGGGCUUGUCAUUUCAGUCUGAAAUAUCGACAACAUCUGUACCUUAUCCGGAGAAAUCUGUUUGUGCAAUUACAGGUUUGCCGGCCAAGUACCGUGAUCCACAGACUGGGCUGCCGUAUGCAACACUUGAAGCUUUUAAAAUAAUUCGUCAAUGCGCUUCAAAUGAAAAGGCUGGCACUAGGAAAGAAAUGAACAUGGGGUGCUUGCACGACUCACUUUUUGGACAAGGUUUUUCUGUCAAGCAAAAGAGAUCAAUAAUGCCAAAUAAAAAUGGAGAUUCUUUUCUACAUUCAGCAUACUUCCGUAGAUUUCUUGUUCCAGAAGAUGAAGUAUCUGACUAGGUGCUCAGGUAUGAGUGGAUGAUUCACUUUUAUUCAAAUGAUUAUGAAGAAGACGAUCAGACAUUCGUCCGAUUACAUUCCUUUCACAUCAACUAGCUUCUUAAAACGAUCUGUCGUAGUGUGAAAAGAAUGGAUCAAGUGCUACAUUUGCCAUUAUCAGUUUUAUUUUUUAAAAAAAGAAUAUAGAGAGAGUUUGAGCCAUAUGAGUUUUAUCUAAUUAUAAUGUAUGUGUUCACGUUCAUUUAAUGAAAACAAGUUAUUAUUUAUAAAA